AGCUCUGUGGCUAAUAUUGUAUACUCUGAAGACACUUCAUAGCUAGCAAUGUCGAUCGAUUUUGACAGUGCUGCAUUGCAAACACAACAUGAAGAGGAAGAGUAUGAUCAAGAGGAUUUUGCACGAGAGCAGGAGCUCCACAAGCUUCUGACAGACCUUCCAGACGAUAUGCUGGAGGAUAGCCAUGACUCCUCACCAGAGCUGGACCAUUCAACCUGCAGUCCCCGACGAGACAAUGGAGCCCAACAUUCUUGGAAUGGACAGUCUGAGUGGUCCAAUCAACCUCAUCCUCAUUCUGCUGAAGAGAAUAGGACUGAGCAUUUAGCUCUUGACUGGAAUACACACCAUGGUCAGAACUAUCAGUAUGAGCCUGCGGAUUGUGUAUACUCUUCUGCCGGAACAGCAGACUCUGACUUCUCUACCGAGGAGGGCUAUGAACAGGCUGCAUACCCACACAUGGGUCUCUACCACAGGACAGGGAACCAUGAAGAUGAGCAAGGCCAUGAAAUCCAUACCAAUGGCAGAAAUCGAUUUCAGAAUUUUGAUAAUGGAGUAGCUAAGAAUGAAGAUGUUGACUGUUACGAAGCAAGCUACCAGCCACAGAACCCAGCACACCAAGCAAACAUGUUUAACGUUCAGCCAGCUCAUCAAAAUGGUCACUUCGACCAGCUGCAACGAGACUUUCUCGAUGCAUCACCAACUGAUGUUAAUGCUCAAGAAUGUGCACAGUUGAAGAUUUUAAACAAAGCUCAGUCAAGGCAGAUUGAACAUCUGGAACAGAAACUAGAGGAUAACCGACGUAAAGUGAGAUAUUUGGAGCAUCAGUUUGCCAUCGUUAAAGAUGAAAAGGAAGGGCUGGCAUUAUCACUGAAGGAGUCUGGCUGUCUGAUAGAUGAGGCGAAAGAUAGAGAAUCUCAGCUGCAGAAAGAAGUCAACUCUAUGGAGCGACAGAUUCAAAUGCUUACAGAGAGAGAACAGGAGAACAUAAAGAAACAGCAUGCUGCUGAGGCAGCUGUAGACAGCUUGCAGAAGCAGAUGACUGAGCUGUGCCGUUCUGAAACACUGACGCGAGCGCGAGAACAGCACGACAGAGACGUGGCUGCAAUGAGGGAACAGCAUGAGGCGAGAGUUCUCGCCCUCCAGCAAAAACUGGAUUCAGUCACUCAAAGCCUGAAUGAGCAGGUGCAGGCAGGCCAGAGGCUGCGGGAGCAGGUGAAGCAGCUGGAAAGGCAACGAGAGGAAGAGCAGGUGGACAGAGCUGCGGUCAUCAACGCCCUCACACAGCGUUUGGAGGAGAGCCAGCAACAGUGUGCCAAGCUACUUCAAACUGGCUCUGUGCAAGAGAUGAGCCAGAUGCAGAUAAAACUACAGCAGGCUCAGUCUAGUCGCAACAUAAGUGAAAAUAUGAACAAAGCACUGCAAGAAGAGUUAAAUGAGCUGAAGGAACAGGUCACCCUGUAUGAGUCUGCUGUGAAGCUCGGGACACUUUCAUUUGACUCGAACCCAGACUGGGAAAACCAGCUGUCAGAAUCCUACAUAGAUCUUGGGAUAAAGAAAGUUAACUGGAAAAAAGACAAAAAUAACAGCACUCCUGCAUUAUCAGACUCUAGUCAGUCUAAGACGGACUUGACGAAAGACCUCAAGACCGAGCUUCAGCGAUGUUUGGCCCAGCUGAAAUCUAAAAGGGAAAAGAUCUCUCAGCUACAAGAAGAUCUUCGAACCUCCCACAGUCGUCUAGAGCAGCUGCAAACCCAGUUACAAGGAGCUGAGAAGAUGGCCAAAGACUCAGUGGUGAGGGAGAACAGCCUAGAAAAGCUUUUGGAACAAUCAAGCGCCCCACACAAAGAGCUUGUGAGACUGGAAACGGAACGACAGCAACUCCAGAAGAGAGUAGAGGCUCUUGAGAUGCGAAAUAAGGAGCUAAAGCAGAGUGAGGAGAAGGUAAAAGCAGCAAACUCUGAGCUUUGCAUAAAGAUGAGAGAGAUGAUUCAGGAGCUGGAUCAGGAGAAACAAGAGGCUGCAGAAAGGUAUGAAAGGACUCAGCAGCAGUACAGAGAUGACGUGGUGCAGCAUGUGCGUGCAGAACUCGUUCAAGAACAUUCAGCUCAUGUGGAGCAGCUCACAGCUCGACAUCAACACCAAAUUCAGCAGCUGGAAUCUAAAUUAGCUGACCUCAAUCAAGAGGUGUUGGCUGUGCAGGAAUGCUACCUUUCUGUUUGCAAAGAAAAGGACAAGCUGGAAGAGGCUCUUCAAAGCAGAAUUAAGGAGGAGAAACUAAGAGAGGCUAAGUUCGAAAAGAACUCGGCUCAAAGACUGGAGGAGGCCCUUAGGGAAAAGCAAAAAGCGAAAGCUGCAGAAACCCAGGAGGGCUCCUCUCAGACGAACAGCUCAGAGUCAGAAACCCAGCUCAUCUCCCUGGAGCAGCUUGAGACCAGACUCGGUGAGCAGAGAGUGGCACUGCAGCAAGAGGCCGACAACAAGCUGGCCAAAGCAGUAGAGGAGGCAGGAAGACGAAGAGAGAGAGAGUUGCAGCAGAAACAUGUGCAAGACAUGUCAUUGCAGGUUGAAGGUGCUGUGUCCACGGCCCAGGAUAGCUGGCUCAGAGACCUGACCUCUCUCCCAGAGUACAAAACCAACCUGCAGACAGAGAGGGAACAGUGGGAGAAGCUACAGGAGCAAUAUACUCAAGAGCAGGUGUCUUCAGCCAUUAAAGCCUCAGAAGACAAAUGGCAGGAGAUUAUUACUGAAAAACUAAAGGAGCUGGAUAGCAGUUUGAGCAGAAACCAAGAGCUUCAAGACAAGGUGCACAACCUGACCACACAGCUGAAGCAUCACAGUGAGGAACAGACCUCACUACUUAAAUCUGAGCUCUCUGCAGCUAGAGACUUGUGGAACACUGAAAAGCAGGAGGAGAUCUCAUGCCUGAGGAGCCAGUUCCAGAGGGAGCAGAACAGCCAACUGCAGAAACACCAGGCUCAGUUGGAGAGGAUCACAGAGGAAACCCGAGAGGAGGCUAUCAGACAGGGCCAAGCUCAACUACAGGAGGCCCUGCACAGGAAAGAGCAGGAGUGGAGAAGUCAGCAAGAGCGCAUACUUUUGAAGGAAAGGCAGCGGGCAAAGGAAGAGGUGCUGCGUGAGUUACAAGAGGUGCUAAAGGAGCUGCACGAGAGGAGAGUGGUUUCUGAAGAGCAAGAAAGCAUGGAUGGCAGUCUUCGAUCCAAACUGAGAGACUUGUGUAGAAAGGCACUUGUCAGAUCUGUAGCCAGUGCCAAGCAUGAAUGGAUGAAGAGCAGUGAGGAAAAGUUGAAGCUUGUACUCAAGGAAACCCAAGAGCAACAUGAGAAGGAACUUAAUCAUAUACGUAGCUCUUCAGCUCAGAGAAGUGAAAGUGUGUGUGACAAUAAAAGCUGUACUGAGACCUCUGGCAAACUCCAGAAGAAGUGUCAGGAGCUGCAAAGGCAUCUGGAGAAGGCUUGCCGUCAGCUUCAGCACACAGUUCGAGAGCAUAAGAACACUUUGCACAAGCUUAAGGAGGAACAUGAAGAUGCCUUGUGUACAGAGAGGGAGGCCCAUGCCAAAGCACUUGAGGCCAAACUGUCUGAAAGCAAGGAAUUAAGUGAUGGAGAUGGUCGACAGAAUCUUAAUGCUGGCCUUGAUGAAAUGAAGGAACAAUACCUGAAAGCUGUGCAAAAGAUCAGAGGGGACAUGCUGCGCUACCUACAGGAAAGCAAGGAGCGAGCAGCCGAGCUGAUUAGAGCUGAGGUGCUAAGGGAGAGGCAGGACACGGCUCGCAGGAUGCGCAAGUACUACCUUACCUGCCUGCAGGAACUGUUAGAAGAAGGGGGGCAGACCACAGGAGCUGAGAAGAAAAUUAUUAAUGCCGCCAGCAAACUGGCUGCCAUGGCCAAGGUGUUGGAGACUCCUGUAGCCAAGAAGAAGCUGCAAAGAAAUCAGAACAUCCAAGAUGCAUCACCAAAUCUGGAAGCUUCUAAAAUUGAACUGGGUUUAAAAGGUGUUGUCUCAAGCCAAAGCCUUUCUGCUGAGUCCAACGAACACCACAAGACACAUCAGGUGAAUUACCAUCCUGAGACCAGCUAUGCAACCCAAACCGUCAAGAUAAAAGAAGUUAAACCUGUAGGCAAGAGCUCUUAUUCAGACUUUAAAUCUGUAAAAGCACACAGUGCCAAAGGACCUGAAAGACCUGAACAGCUCACCCCAGGAUCACUCCACUCUGUAAACCUCGCAUCUGGUAAUGAAUUUGCAUCAUCCAGUGUACACAAUAGUACUGUUAACUCUGCCAAUGUGACGUUAAGAAAGCAGAGCAGGGAGAUGUUCCUGAUGGGAACAGAAGCAGGAAAAGCCAGUGAGCGUUUGACUCCUCAGGUGACUGUUCAGCCCUUCCUGAUUGAAGAGGCACCAGUGAGAGAUGAUGGCCAGAGCGACUGGAGUUUAUCUAGCAACGGCUCCGCUGUCAUCCAUGACUUUCACUUCUCCUCGUCUUAUCGCAGCAAAUUACCAAAUUUAUUGAACAUUCACUCAUUAACUGGCCACUCUGUAGAGCAUCUGGACUUUGGAAGUCACUUGGGAGAUGACUCUGAUGUAACUGUUUACAAAGAGAUUGCCAAAAAGCCGUCUGAUAUGAAACCCAAAUUAAACACACAUAGUAAAGCAAGUAAAAGCAGGGAGCCAAUUCCUGGCUCAGAGGAAGAGAACUAUAGACUUUGUCCCAAAAGUUUAUUCUCAGAAUUUAAAAUGUGUCUGAAGGAUAGUGGGAUUGACAGCCCUUUGCCCCUGCUUCAGAAAUGAAAUAGUGUCUAUAUUAUGAUAUAUUUAUAUUGUGUAUGUGUCUGUGUUUUAGUGAGUUGCACUGAGCUUUGAAUAUGCUUAGUGAUUAUGAAUGUGUUGAAAGCAGGAUUUGUUUAAUAAACUUUUCUACCAGGAUUUUGAA